GUGCUGAUAACUGUGUUCAGGGCGCCCUGCCCCUGAGCUCGCUGUGUUGGUACACGGCUGGAGGGACGGGGAUUGGCCAGUCGAGCAGGGAGAGAGAGAAAAGCAGCGGAGUCCCCGCCACGCUUCAUAAAGACCGUCAAACUCUUGAGUGCUGCUAGGACUGCACAGGCAUUGAACCUGCACGGGAUUUUGAACAUUUUGGUUUUUGUUUUUUUCCCACCCAAAGCGCUUAAGAAGUUUGAUUUUUUUUGUUAUGAAAUGGAGUACAGCUACACCAGGAGAUACUACGCACCUGUGGUCACUGAUGACCCGCCAGAGAAGAGCGGGAAAGAGGUGAUGUCCAAAGGCUCCACUGGAAUGGAGGUCAUCCUAUCUUCACUGGAGAGCUCCCGGGAUGUCCAGACAACUCUGAACAUUUUGUACAUUCUUACCGAGCUGCUGACUGUUGGCAGAGGCCGCAGGGCCGGAGUAUUCGUGUCUAAAGGAGGAACGGGAGUAUUAUUUCAGAUUCUGAUCUCUGCAAGUAAAGAGUUGCCUCCUAGUGAGGAGCUCAUGCUGCAGCUUCAUUCGCUGCUGGCAAAGGUCGGCCCUAAAGACAGAAAGUUUGGUGUGAAGGCCCGUUUGAGCGGAGCGCUGAAUGUCACAGUCAACCUGUUGAAACAGAACCUACAGAACACCAAACUGCUUCUGCCCUGCCUGCAGGUUCUCAGGGUUUACUCCACCAACUCGGUGAAUGCUAUUUCUCUGGGCAAGAACGGAGUGGUGGAGCUCAUGUUCAAGAUCGUGGCGCCGUACAGCAAGAAGAACACCAGCCUGCUCAAGGUAGCUCUGGACGCACUGGGAGCUCUGCUCAAAUCCAAGACGAAUGCUCGCCGUGCAGUCGAUGGCGGACAUGUUCCGAUCUUGUUGGCUCUGUACCUGGACUGGCAUCGCAACGACACAAGACAUCGUCACAUGCUGAUCCGUAAAGGGCUGCUGGUCUGCCUCAGGAACAUCACCAACAUCAAGCUGGGCAGGAAAGCCUUCAUAGACGCUGACGGCAUGAGGGUCCUCUACAACUCCUCCACGGAGUGUCUCCCAGUGCGGACUCUGGAUCCUCUGAUCAACACGUCGAGCCUCAUCAUGAGGAAGUGUUUUCCUAAGAACCGUCUUCCUCUGCCCACCAUCAAAUCAGCCUUCCACUACCAGCUGCCACAUAUACCUGCUGCGGGGCCUGUGGCACAGCUGUACAGCCAGCCACCUGGGGGGAGGAAAAGCCAUCAGCUCUGCAACAAGCCCUUAAAGAAGGUGGACGAUGUGGUGGAUGAAAGUGACAACGAGGAGACGGACGCAGACACGGAGAACGAUACUGAGAACGAGGAGGACGAGAAGGAUCAGCACACCGCUAAUGACGACAUAGAGACGGACCUUAACAAGCUGCAUCCCAAAAAGAGCCCUGGACGUCCCUUUGAGGAGUUAAGGGUUUAUGAAAGGUUCUUUGUGGAGCUUUCUGAGGACUUCCAGGGUUUCAACUUUGAUUGCUCGAAGAGUGCCUCUACCACAUCUUCAUCAUCCACCUUCUCCUCAUCGUCAGCCUCCACUCAGCCCUCUCGGCCAAUCAUAGUGCCCACAGCUCAGGCCCUGUCCCCCAAGCGGGAUCCCAUAUCGAUCCCACUGGGGGGUUGCAAUCCUACCAAAGGAACACACACACUCCCGUCUCCUUCUGCACCCGCGCCCACUCCUCCUGCUCCUCUAGUGCCCUUAGAACUGGACACCAUCCACCUGGACAAGGACCAAGACAAACAGGAGAAGGCCAACAUUCCUUCCCCCGACACCCACUCGACACGUUCCCCCCUCAGCAGGCCUCCUCAGGGGCAGGUGAUAGCACAGGAGCUAGUGAAUGUGUUGGAGGGUGUGUCUCUGGACGAGGAGGUGUUUCUGAGUGCAGACGACGGAGGGAGAAAGGGAGUCAAACAAGAAGGGUCCCCGGUCAACACCACAAGACACAUCCAGUCCCCCCUGCUCCUGGGGGGUAUCCCUGCGCUGCGUGUGGGAGGGGGAGGCAGCAACUGGGGAUCGGAUUGUGGCUCAGAGGGUGCUGAAGACGAGGGAGCGGAAGGAGCUGUCCUGGAGGUGCCGGACACGGCGCUGCUCCUCCCGCUGCACGACCCCGACCUCUACGUGGAGAUGGUGAAGGGAACGCUCUCUGUACCUCAGUACGCUGAAGUGGCUUACCCAGACUACUUUGGCCAUGUGGCGCCAACUUUCAGGGAGCCCCAUCUGGAGAGAGUGUAUGGCGUUCAGAGGUCUAAGAUAUUCCAGGACAUUGAGAGGUUGAUCCAUCCUAACGAUAUCGUGGAUAAAGUAGUUUAUGACCUGGACAUUCCAAGUUGUCCUUUGAUUGAAGACAACGGGGAGUCGCUGAAGUUCAACUCUCAGUUUGAGUCUGGAAACCUGAGGAAGGUGGUUCAAGUGAGAAAAAAUGAGUACGACCUGGUGCUGAAUUCAGACAUCAACAGUAACCACUACCAUCAGUGGUUCUACUUUGAGGUGAGCGGUAUGCGAGUGGGAACAAUGUACCGCUUCAACAUCAUCAACUGUGAGAAGUCCAACAGCCAGUUCAACUACGGCAUGCAGGUGCUGAUGUACUCUGUGCAGGAGGCGAUCAGUGGAAGGCCUCGCUGGGUCAGAACAGGAACAGACAUCUGUUACUACAAGAAUCACUUUGCGAGGAGCUCCAUUGCAGCCGGCGGUCAGAAAGGAAAAUCCUAUUACACCAUGACCUUCACAACGAGCUUCAGCCACAAGGACGACGUCUGCUACUUUGCCUAUCAUUACCCGUACACAUACUCCACUCUCAAGAUGCACCUGUCCAAACUGGAGGCUCUGAGGACCCCCCAGAUCUACCUGAGACAGGACGUCCUGUGUGAAACUCUAGGGGGAAACAAAUGCCCCCUCCUCACCAUCACUGCCAUGCCAGAGUCCAACUCCAAUGAUCACAUCUGUCAGUUCAGGAAUCGCCCAUUGAUCUUCCUGUCAGCCAGAGUGCACCCCGGAGAGACCAACGCUAGCUGGGUAAUGAAGGGCACGCUGGAGUUCCUGAUGGGCACCAGCCCGCUGGCAGCCAGCCUGAGAGAUGCCUACAUCUUCAAGAUCGUCCCCAUGCUGAACCCUGAUGGAGUUAUAAAUGGAAAUCAUCGUUGUUCUCUGAGCGGAGAAGAUUUGAAUCGCCAGUGGCAGAGCCCCAAUCCUGAGCUCCACCCCACCAUCUACCACACUAAGAGCCUGCUGCAGUACCUUGCACACAUACAAAGGGCACCGCUGGUGUUUUGCGACUACCACGGUCAUUCCAGAAAGAAGAACGUGUUCAUGUACGGCUGCAGCGUGAAGGAGACGGUCUGGCAGUCCAACAUCAGCGCCACGUCCAGCGACCUGCAAGAAGACCUUGGAUACAGGGCUCUACCUAAGAUCCUGUCCCAGAUCGCCCCGGCCUUCAGCAUGGCCAGCUGCAGUUUUGUCGUGGAGCGCUCCAAAGAGUCGACCGCCCGCGUUGUUGUAUGGAGAGAGAUAGGAGUGCAGCGCAGCUACACCAUGGAGAGCACGCUGUGUGGCUGUGACCAGGGCAAAUACAAGGGUCUGCAGAUCGGCACCAGAGAGCUGGAGGAGAUGGGCGCUCAGUUCUGCGUGGCCCUGCUGAGGCUGAAGAGGCUGACGGGGCUCCGCAACCACCAACAUCUGCUGGAUCUGGAGAGCGAUAUCAUCGGGCCGCAGUGUAAAGUGGUCAGCAGCAGCACCACGACCUACGUGCUGGAGGAGGAUGAGCCCUCCUUUCUGGAGGCGAUAGACUACAGCGCCGAGAGCAACGACGAGGACGCCGAGGCCGACAACGAACACAGGAUCGAAGUCCACGAGAACACCGAUCACCUGGAUCCCCCGUCAGACUCCGACUUCAAUCACAGGGACUAACGCGGAGGUGUUCCUCACUCCUAGACCGUUUGAGCUUCUAAACAAGCAGCGCUCAAAUCGUUAGCCGACUUAAGAUAAAAUAACUAGUCACCCCAACACUCCUCACUCUGGUGAACAAAUAACUUAACUUAACCUUUGCUGUAUAGACACUUUAUGAUGGUGUGUAGUCUACUCUGUCGCGCAUUCAGACGCUCUUUUCUCCUAAAGGUGCAACUCCACCUGCCUUCCACUUUUAGCCAGGCUGCUAUAAGCCCUCAAUAGAAAUCAAAGUGGAUUCCAAUGAAUGUUUUCACCUCUCACUUUUAUUCUGCAACCUCCAUGAACUGUUAGCCCUGACCUCGGACACCAUAUAGCCUCUGAGAUUCACUUAAAGCUAGCCCAGGGGGAAGCAGACAGCGGGCACCACCGAUCCUUAACUUGAACCCGCGUCCACUAGCUUGUUCUUCACAGCCGAUCUUACACUUUAGCUGUGGCGGUGUUACAGAGACAGCGGCUUCUUUGGUGUGGUCACCUGUGUUGUAAUAAACACACUCCUGAUGAUAAGAGGGGGGACUGAGUCUCCUCCACUGACCGGUUUAGAGGUGCAACCAAACAUGCCUUCUUACUUUCUGUUUCCGUUUUUCUCUUUAGCCAAAAAUAAGCGCUUUAACGCUUCGCUCGUUGCGGCCUGUCUCGUGUCCUUCCUGUAUUGUUUUCUUCACUUUUCUUCGUUUUUUUGAUGUGUAAAUGUGACGCGGGGAUGAACAAACAUCUCUGCAUCACAGCACACCUGUAGGUCAGUGUCUGUCCUAACUGUGUCAUGUAGAAAACCUGCUAAGGCCAGAGAUAUACUUGCUUUUAACCUUGCAGUCAUACACUCAGUAACGUGAUUGUUUACAUUCUUAGCUAUGCACUACAUGUGAUACUGGAGGGUACCACUAGAGGGCGCACCAGAGAGAGAGAGAGAGAGAGAGAGAGAGAGAGAGCGCUCAGGCUGUAUGCAACUCUCUGAUGUGCGGGAUGUAAAGUACAGACAUGAAAACAGUUAGAGAGGUUACCAUCGUGUUCAUUAUGAGAUAAAAUAA